AGUUAGCUCCAGGUAUAAACACGGGCGGUCCGGUGUUCCCCGGUAACGAGCUGUUUUCAGGCCUGUCGGGACGGACGAACGGUGUCCCGACGAACUCAGUCGACAUAAACCGACCCACUCCACCCGGUGCUAACGCUCAUUUUGGGCGAGCGAAACUGUUUUUGCCAGAACUGCGCAGAUUCUGGACCGGAGGACCGGGCUGUCCUCUCGCUACAUAGUCACUUCCCCGCCUGUCGUCCGGUGUCGGCCGUUCUGACCCACUCCUUGCUGUGGAUGUUACCAGGAAAAGAAGCGCCAUGGAGUUCCGGUGGAGCCUCCCCCGGUGCUCCGACACGGUGAGGUAACGGGAGCGGGACGGGGUUACCUCACAUAUACUCAUCUCACAGCAGCAACCUGUUGCCGGUGACCGGUGACUCAGGGAGGAUGCGCGGAUCCGCCGCAACGUUACUGGUGCUGCUGCUGCUCAGCGGCCGCCCUGCGUUCACCGUCUGCAGGUCCCUGAACGCACCACAGGACGGAGGGGUUCUGCCUCCGGACGGGCAGGCGGACGGUACCGACGGUCUGACCGCAACAGUGACAGGUGUGGACAGAUGGCGGCGUCCCCUGCUGGAGAAGACUCGUCCCUUUAUCCUGGUGGACGGACAGAGACGAAGCCUCGCGGAAGCUUUACAGGACGGUCACCCUGACAGGCUGCAGUGUGGACUGCAGGUGGGAGGACGACUCUUCCUGCUGGACCUGGAGAAGAACCACGACCUGCUGCCCAAACCGCCCAGCGUCUUCUACUACCUGCCCAACGGUACCGGAGUGUCCGUGAAAGCCGAUCCUGUGACUCACUGUUAUUACCACGGCAGCGUCAGAGGUUUCCCUCAGUCCAGAGUGGCCCUGAGCACCUGCUCCGGACUCCGAGGCGUCAUCGCCAUCAACUCCACUCUGAGCUUCGAGCUGCAGCCGCAGGACGACGGCUACCAUCCCCAACACCUCCACGCACACCAGCGGGGGGAGGGGGAGGAGGGGGCAGGGGGGGAGAGUGGAGGAGAGGGGAGCGGGGGAAGUGGAGGAGGAGGAGGUGAAGAAGAAGGAGUUCACCUACUAUUCUCCACCAGCCCUCUGGAGGGCGACAGCGCUGGAGGCUGCGGGGUUUCCCACGCCUCUGUGCCCCCCAUCUACAGCUCCACACACACACACAGGAGGAAGAGAGACAUCCUGUCAGAGACCAAAUACAUCGAGCUGGUGCUGGUGGCCGAUCACCAGGAGUUUGUAAAUUACCAGAAGAACAACAAGACCAUCAUCUACCGCAUGCUGGACGUGGCCAACCAGGUGGACUGGUUCUACCGUCCUCUGAACGUCCGAGUGGCGUUGACUGGUCUGGAGAUCUGGAGCGAUCGAGAUAAGAUCCGCGUGGAGAAGAGUCCGACGGACACCCUCAACAGCUUCCUGGAAUGGAGAACCAGAGAACUGCUGCCGCGCCUUCGCCAUGACAACGCCCAGCUCAUCAUGGGUGGGUCUUUUGACGGCACCACAGUGGGGAUGGCGUCCCAGUCGUCCAUGUGCUCCAGAGACAGGUCUGGUGGAGUCAACGUGGAUCACCUGGUCAGUGUUUUGGGCGUGGCCUCCACUGUCGCUCAUGAGCUCGGUCACAAUCUGGGGAUGAGCCAUGACACCGCCGAACGCCGCUGCUCCUGCCAGAAUGAACCGCGGCUCGGAGGAUGCAUCAUGGAACCAUCAACUGGGUUCAUGCCGGGUCAGCAGUUCAGCAGCUGCAGCGCCGCAGACCUGUCCGUCAGCCUGCUGCAUGGAGGCGGCAUGUGUCUGUUCAACGUGCCGCAGCCGGACAGUCUGCUGGGAGGACCUCGCUGUGGAAACCUGUACGUGGAGAGAGGAGAGGAGUGUGACUGCGGCCUCCUGGAGGAGUGCGACGACCCCUGCUGUAACGCCUCCACCUGUCAGCUGGUCCCUGGAGCUCAGUGUUCGUCUGAUGGCAUCUGCUGCCAGGACUGUAAGUUGCGGGCGGCGGGCUCGGUUUGUCGCGAGCCGCUCGGAGAAUGCGACCUCCCCGAGUUCUGCACCGGCUCCUCCCCCCACUGUCCCCCCAAUGUCUUCCUGCAGAACGGAGAGCCCUGCGAGGACGGCGCUUCCUACUGCUACGGAGGAGUCUGCGCCAGCAUGCACACCCAGUGCCAGAUGCUGUGGGGACCCAACGCCACCAGCGCUCCCGCCGUCUGCUUCUCAUCAGUCAACAAACAGGGGAACAAAUACGGAAACUGUGGUCAGCUGACCAACGGCUCCUACGUCCCCUGUGGGAACUCUGACGUUCACUGCGGCAGGAUCCAGUGUCAGGGAGGGAGGGAGCGCCCCCUGCUGGGCACCAACGCAGAGAUCCUGACCACCACGGUCCGCUUCAACCACAGCGACCUGGUCUGCAGAGGAACCUUCUUCCACCUGGGCGAUGAUGUGUCCGACCCCUCCACCGUGGCCCAGGGCACUGCCUGUGGCCCUGGAAAGGCCUGUUUGAACCAGAAGUGUCAGGACGUGUCGGUGUUUGGCGUGGACGAGUGUCACAGGAAAUGCAGCGGUCACGGGGUGUGUAACAGUAAUAAGAACUGUCACUGUGAUGUGGGCUGGGCUCCACCUGACUGCAGGUACUCUGGUCAUGGAGGCAGCGUGGACAGUGGCCCGGCCAGAGCUGCUCCAGGGUCUGACCCGGUGCGAGUCGCCCUGCUCGUCAUCUUCCUCUUCAUCCUGCCGGUGGUCCUCCUCUUCCUCGCUCUUCGCUUCCCUCGUCUCCGUCGGAGUCUCCUCUGUCUGGGACCAAACAGCCCGUUUCACAAAGCUCGACAACACAACCGAACUCCGGUGAUGGAGCGAGUGGACGGCAGGAAUGGGGAGCAGGUCCGACCGCUGAGGUACCACCUGAACCCACAGGCUGACAUCCCACUAACCCCGCCCCACAAAGAGGUUCAUGACAGACCUGCUCCUCCCACUAAGCCACUCCCCCCUGACCCCACCCUAAAAUCCCCAUCACAGUGUGUUAAACAGCGACCGGCCCCCCCCAGCAAGCCUCUGCCCCCCGACCCCCCCACCCCCACCAGCCAGCAGCUGGUGAGUCGACCAGCUCCGCCCAACAAGCCGCUCCCACCCAACCCCGUCACACCUGGACAGGUUCCUGUUCCACUCAAACCUAUGGUGCCCAGAAAGCCCCGCCCUCUGGCCCACCCCCACAUCCCCCCUCCCCCUGGCUACGCCUCCAACACCAAACCUCCACCACACGGAGCCGUCGCACCUGCAGCCGUUCCCAACAGGCGGCCUCCCGUUCCCCCGAUUCGACCCACAAUCCCUCAGAGAGUCGAGACCUCGCCGCCUCUUUAACCUGAUGAUUGUGAGUUUGAAAGCUGUUGAAGAGGGACUGAAGAUGAGGAAGAUGAUGGUGACUUCAUGAUCAGUCAUCGGAUUUCUCAUUUCAGUAAUGCAUCUCCAAAGUUCAGUGCCUUGCUCAGCGGCACCUCGGCAGUGACGGUGCCGUCACUCGGAAAUCGAACCUGCAACAUUUAACAUGAUUUUCACAUUAAAGUGUCUUGGUAUCAUAAAACAGCGCCCCCUGGAGGCAGCAGGGGGCUCAGUGCCUUGCUCGAGGACCCCUGGACGGGGAUCAAACCUGUGAUCAAAGUAGAGACUACUGAGUGUUGCUGAGUGUUUCCCAAACUGUGGUUGAGGGCCCUCUGCAGGACCGUGAGGAGGUUCCUCUGCAGAUGCAGGAUGUUUUUCAGUGAAGUGACAGAACGCAGGACAUUUUUAUUCCUUCGUCCCGUGGGAUUAGAUCCUCGUGAAAGGAGACGAAACCUUUUUCUGAUGGACUCAACUCAACGACCCGAUGGGGCGAACCUUCACUGAAAGGUGUUUGGGAUCUGAAUCUCCACAAACUGAGACUUUAACUUUUUUCUUGUAAUAUAUUUCAAAUAUAUUUUGAUUUUAUUCUUGAAAUCUGUUUUUUUUUAUGCUCCAUCGCACGGAUCAUCUCUGUGACUGAACUUUUCUCGCCUUCGCUGUCGUGGCCAAGAAACUGCUGGAAACCCGACGAGGGUCUCUGCCUUACCAGGAGGAACCGGUUCUGUCGCAGGAACCCUGUCUGUUUCUGCCGGAUCAGGAUUUUAUUUUUCUAACCUGCCCGGAGCUUUUUGUCGGAGACAGCUGGGACUGUUCGCUGCGAGUCCGUCCACUGUUUGUAAAGUUACGCCAAAGACAGGGUUCAGACCGUGUGGAUCACAGACGCUGUGCGAUUCCUCCUCUGUCACAUCAGACCAACAGUUUGUAUUGAAGAGUGAUGAUUGGCUCUCAGCACCUUCCUCUGACACAGGUGCAGGUUUUACACAGGUGAAUGUGGUUUUAAUACACAAAGUGCUGCUUAUGUCAGAGCUGCCUGAGUUAAUGUCUCAGUGUGGCAUCUAAACAAAACACCACAGUACAGAAGCUUCAGGACGUCCUCAGACCCCGUCACCCUUUGUGUUGUAGACCCGUCCAAAGACCAGGUCAUGACGUCCACUGACCUCAUGACUUGGUUUUUGUCCUGAUGUUCGGUGUGAAUUGUUCAGUUUGACACUAAAUUAGCAAAAUUUCUAAAAACAUGUUUUCACUUUGUCAGGAUGGAUUAUUGAGUUAGAUCGACAGGCAGUACGGCCGCUUCAUCCGUUUACAGUAACGAGCGGCACGACGACGUGGCGCAGCUGUUCAACAGCAGCCAGCGUCGUCAGGUGGUCGUCAGGCGUCGUCAGGUGGUCGUCAGGCGUCUUCAGGUGGUCGUCUGGUGGUCGUCGGCGUAAAGACGAGCGUUUUUCAAAUCCCUGAGUUUUAUGGUUUGUGGUUUGAACCCAAGAGGACAACAACAGAAUAACUGCACCGUCAGAUGUCCACCUGCUGAAAUCGUGGACACUUGUUUUGUGAGUGUUAGUGGACUCACCUCAGAGUGACACAGGAGCAGUGUGUCCAGAGACAAAACCCGAGGACUCAGCCUCAGAUUUAAAUCAGUUCUCACCUGUGGAACUGUCCUAGUCUUAUCAAACCCACCUGAGUGGAAGCAGAGCUGAAUGUUUGCACCCGACGAUCCUUAAAUCCUCUGAGCGUUUCCGACUGAUUGAUUUAUUGGCUGAUUGAUUGAUUGGUGUCUGUGCUGUGUGGGAAACCACCUCAAUAAAACAGACUUUCU